AUGCUUAGCGGGCUGAUUCAGGCCCCAAAUCAUGUCAGCCCGCUUAUCGCAGCGCCAAUCUCUCGCAUGUCGCGCGCCGAGAUUGGGUUUCUAGAAGCUCUACACAACACGCUGCAAAGCACCGACCCCGCUUCGGUGAGGAGGGCGGCCGAUCUGGUGGCAGCGAGACUGGAUACUCUACGAUCUGGAUCGGCGCCAGCGGCUGAAAAUGCCUUGAUAAAUCCCGUCGAGUCUGGGAGCGGACGAGAAGAUGACUCGGGGCAAGAUGACUGCACCGAUUUCUGGGAUACAGGCCUGUACGAUCAACCCCAGUGGCUUGCGCUGUAUAGUGCGGUGCUCUCAUCGUCGCUGCUGAGUUGGCAGAACAGCUGGAAGCAUCGUGACGCCUAUCCACUCACCUUGCCUAGGUGUUCGCCGCAAGACUUGUUCAAUUACAUGGUCGAUACCCUCUACCAGGCUCAUUUUCUUCAAAACGUCUCAAUAUACUCGAUACAGGCUAUCGUCAUUUCAACCGAGGUAGCUCACAAUCUUGGCCUCAGCCAACUCAACGCCACCCUCUUCAGCGCCGCAAUCCGUAUGGCCGAGUGUUUGGGAUUGCACAAGAUUACAAAAUCCGGUCUUAACUUGAUGACUCCCGAUGAUGUCUGGCAGGACACAUUACAAAGAGAAGUCGGCCGCAGAGUCUGGCUUCAGAUGGUUAUCCAAGACCACUUUGCGAUACCUUUCACCGACUCGUACGGCAUCAACCCUUCUCACUACUCGACGUCCCUCCCCAGAAACGCCAACGACGCAGACCUGAUAGAUGCCCCAGAAGCAACUCUGACAGUAAGCACGUACACUCGCGUCUUGGGUGGCAUCGCGCAGCUGAUGCCGGAGCUCGCGGACGGCAUGGGGCCCCUGAGGGCUCAGAAGCCGGCACGGGAGCAAUAUGCCCACGUACUCCGGAUGGACCAGAAGAUGCGACAACAGGUGCAAUCAAUACCCCGAUUUCUUCUUCAGAAAGAUGAGUUUCUCGAGAGCCAGUGCGCGUGGCUCGGGGUUGCGCGACAGAGUCUCGCCAUCACCGCAGCCGAAAAGAUCGUCAUGAUUCACAGACCAUUUCUCUUUCUCUCCUUCCAAUCAGACUCAUACGUACACACGCGCCGCACCUGCGUCGCAGCAGCAGUAACCAUUCUCCGCGAGCACAAAAGCAUUGUAGAAUCAGGCGAGGUCUCCCUCUGGACGCACGUCGCAUUCAGCAUCACCGCCGCCAUCAUCCUCUCCUUUGAGGUCAUAUGCGACCAGAGCAAAGAGCGCGACGACCGACAGGGCGGCUAUCUCGACGCCAUCCGCAACGCGCGCGAGCACCUCCUGGGCCGGACGACGAACGACAUAUUCGCGCACCGCGGUGUGGUGCUGAUUGAUGCCAUCUUUUCCGACGUGGGGGGCAUGGAGUCGUUUUCGGAUCGGACGCUCGCCGCCAGACCCGGCGCUAUCAAUUUUGAGGAGAUUGCGGCUAGGUUCAAGACGGACUGGUUUAUACUUGAUUCUACGGCCGGUCUUGGGCAGUUUGAUGUUCCCGAGGAUCAUUUCGCCUUGUCUGUGAAUCCUUCUGAGGAUUUUGAUGAUUGGUUCCAGCAAAUAUUUCACUCAGCCAUAGUUGAAUGA